AUGGAUGAGAAUGACAAUAGCCGUGAUGAGCGAGUCUAUGAUUGUCCAUGGAUAUCUAACCAGCCGGAGACUGUGGAAAGCAGUGAUGAUCUACCUGAAGUUGGGGCUGAAAUUGUUAAUCCUGUACCAAGUCAAAGGGAAGACUAUGUAGGAAGGGGCCGCAGACGUCUGAAGAAAGGUGCAAUACCGUCCAAGUUUCCCUGGAACAACUUCAAUCCCUCUCAGUCCGUGUGUGAGAGAUCCAGGCCGGGGGUCGGUCUCCGAGAGGAAGAAGACUCUGUGGAAACAGCUGAAGGACAGGGAUGGUUAUCUGCCAUGGCUGACCACGACUAUGCUCUUCCUCCCAAAGCUGAUGCAGAAGAAGAAACCCAGAGGCUGGAGUCGGAACAACAGUUACCCCCAGCAGAGGUGACCCCCCCGCUGAAGCAGCCGCAGUGCCACCGCUUCUGUGCCUCUGACAGCGAUUUCCGUGUUUACACCCGGUUCCCGUCAGAGCAGGUGUUCAUGGCGUUUUGGGACGCUCUGCAGCCGUCUGCUUCUCGCCUGGUCUCCUGGACAAAGGCACAGGGCCCUGCUCUCCAGCACCAGCUCCCUCUGAUAGAUGAGUGUUUCCUGUUCCUGUGUCGCGUUGCUGCAGGACUGAAAGAAGAAGCGCUGGCGUCCAUCUUUGACGUCAGCGUCUCCACCGUGAGCCGUGUCGUCAUCGUUUGGGCAAACUACCUGUUUCAAGUUCUUGGGGCGGAGCCAGUUUGGAUGACGAGAGCUCAGGUACAAGCAACAAUGCCACACACGUUCCGCCGGCUCUGUCCCGCUGUGCGUGUGAUCGUGGACUGUGCCGCGGUGCGCUGUGAGAGACCGGCCUCCCCCACUUUACCAUCACAAACAUGGAGCUCUAAAAGCAACACUCUGAAGGGCGUGGUUGGCGUCGCUCCCUGUGGAGUGGUUACGUUUGUGUCAAAGCUGUUCACUGGCUCCAUGUCGGACAAAGAACUCACCAUGAGAUGUGGUCUACUCCCCCUGCUGUCCUGUGGAGAUGGGGUCGUGGCCCACGAGGGGUUUGUCGCUGAGGAAGAGUUGGCACAAACUGGUGCUCACUUAAUCCUUCCACCUUUAAAAAGCACAUCCAGACUCUCUGCGGCGGAGGCCCACAAAACACGAGCCAUGGCUGGUCUGAGGGCGCAGGUGCAGAGGGCGCUGCGCAGAGUGAAGCAGUACCAUAUCUGGGACAGUGUGGUGCCGCUCUCCUUGUCCGGCACCAUCAACCAGCUCUGGGCAGUGUGUUGUCUGCUCACACACUACCAAGGACCAGCAGAGACACACACUGACACGCCACAGUAA